AUGGCCCUCCUGGCGACCUCCUCGGCGGACAACACCAUCAACAUCUAUUCCGUCCCUGCCAACCCCACGCCAGCAUCAUCACAUUUCAAGCAUAUCCGCACCCUCCGCGCCCACCUGGCAGGCGUGAACGCCAUAGCCUGGUCGCCCGUGGGGCCGCCGUAUACGCUCGCCUCGGCGUCCGACGACAAAUCGAUCCUCCUGUGGUCGCCGCUCGGGUCGGAUUUCCCGAUCGCCCCGUCCCCACUGACCGGGCACAGUAACUACGUGUACUCGCUCUGCUUCAGCCCCAAGGGGAACAUGCUCGUGACGGGGUCCUUCGACGAGGCCGUGUUCCUGUGGGACGUGCGCUCGGGCCGCGUGAUGAGGAGUCUCCCCGCGCACUCGGACCCCGUCGGCGGCGUGGACUUUCUGCGCGACGGCACCAUGGUCGCGUCGUGCGCCGGCGACGGUCUGAUCCGCAUCUGGGACGCCUCGACGGGCCAGUGUCUGCGCACGCUCGUCGACGAGGACCGCAAGGCCGUCACGAGCGUCAAGUUCUCGCCCAACGGCAAGUUCCUCGUCGCGUGGACAUUGGACAAUUGCGUCCGACUGUGGAACUACGUCGAGGGCCGCUGCGUCAAGACGUACCAGGCCCAUGUCAAUGCGCAGUACAGUCUCGGAGGCGCCGUCGGCAGCUAUACACAUGACUAUGACGGUGGCGGUGGUGGUGGGGACAGACGACUCGAGGCCUUUGUGGCGAGCGGGAGUGAAGACGGCGAUAUCGUCGCCUGGGACGUCACCAGCAAGGACGUCCUCUGGCGAGAAAAGGCCGCGCACAGGGAUGUCGUCUUGGGGAUCGAUUUCGGGAGGACCAAAGAAGGAAAAGGUCUGCUGGUCAGCGGUGGGAAGGACCGCGACGUCAAAAUCUGGUUGCUCGAGGGCGACGAAGCGGACCGUGAAUUCUUCUCCUCCGAGAACCAAGGUCAGCAUCAAGGCGGCGGCGUCGAUGUCGAUGUCGAUGUCGACAUGGAUAUGGACAUGGACAUGGACAUGGAUGGCGUGGUCGAAGGUCCUACGGUCUAUGGAAAUGCCACGGGACCACUCAGGCGGGAGGCCGACGAGAACGCCAUGCUCAUCGACCGGCCUACCCCUGAGGUUAGCAGUAGCUAG